AUGUCUAAUUCUAAAUAUGUGAAUGAUGAAGACUUUGAUGACAUCCCCACCCAGAAUGUUAUUCAACAAAGCUUGCAGAAUAUCCGUAGAAAUGAGACAGUUACAGAUACUGCAGAGAGUGAUAGAUUCCAGUUUGUUAUGAGAACAGAACAUGGAAAGAUAAUCACAGCAAUACGUGCAGGCCAAGAAGCAGUCUUGCUGAAGUUGAUGAGGCACUGUUCUGCUUUUAAGGAAGCUGAUCAGCGAGGCUGGCUUCCUUUGCAUGAAGCUGCAGCACAAUUAAACAAGAACAUCCUAGAAAUAACUCUGAAAGCUUCAGACCCCAUUGUGUGGGAGCAGACCAGUCUGAAAGGGGAAACUCCUCUCUUUGUAGCAGUAGAUAAAUGCUUCUUAGACAAUGUCCACUUUCUCCUGCUCAGUGGCUGCAACCCUAAUGUUAAGAAUGAAGAAGGAGAUUCUUCUUUAGUUAUAGCAAUUAAACAUGAUUUAUAUGAAAUUGCCUCUCUGCUGAUAAGGUUUGGAGCAAAUGUAAACUUGCAGUGUGUCAAUAAGAGGACAGCUUUACAUGAAGCAGCCAGACUAGGCAGGAAAGAUAUGGUGAACCUUCUGCUUUGUUUUGGAGCUGAUCCUGAUCCCCGCAGUGCAUAUGGGCUCACUCCCCUCGCACUGGCUGCGCAGAUUGGGCAUACAGAAAUUAUGGAAAUUUUACUGCAAAAAGGUGCUGAUGUCCUUUCACAGGCAGCUGAUUGUGCUUCCAUAUUAUUUGAAGCUGUUGGAGGAGGAAAUCCAGAUUCACUGUCUCUUUUACUAGAAUAUGGAGCUGAUGCCAAUGUGCCAAAACACACAGGUCACUUACCUAUCCAUAGAGCUGCAUACAGAGGACACUUUCUAGCUUUAAAGCAAUUAGCUUCAGUUACUGAUUAUGCUGCCAUUAAGGAGAGUGGGAUAAGUCCAGUUCACUCAGCAGCAGCAGGAGCACAUCCUCAGUGCCUUGAGUUUCUCCUCAAAUCUGGGUUUGAUGCCAAUUUCAUGUUGCAUGAGAGGGUUUGCAAAGGCUAUGAUGAUCAGAGGAAAUCAGCUUUAUAUUUUGCAGUCUCAAAUGGGGAUAUUUGCUCAACUCAGCUGCUUCUGGAUGCUGGAGCCCUGCCAAAUCAAGACCCCAUUAAGUGCCUCCAGCUAGCCUUGAGAAUGGGUAACUAUGAGCUAAUCAAUCUACUGCUUCGGCAUGGGGCCAAUGUAAAUUACUUCUGCAGAGUGAAUACGACGCAUUUCCCCUCAGCUCUGCAGUAUUCUCUAAAAGAUGAAAUCAUGUUACGAAUGUUGCUGAAUUAUGGGUACGAUGUGUACCGCUGCUUUGAUUGUUUUCAUGGAGACAACAUUCAUUCCCCAUAUGCCUUUGAAGGAUGGACUCCUUCUGUUAUCAAAGACAACAUGUUCUGUGAAGUGAUAACGCUGUCGUGGCUGAAGCACGUAGCUGGAAAAGUAGUGCGAGUGAUGCUAGAUUAUGUUGAUCAUGUUAACAUCUGCUGUAAACUGAAAGCAGUUCUCAAGGAACAGACACUAUGGCCAGAAAUCAAUUCCAUUUUGACAAAUCCACGUUCUUUGAAACAUCUUUGUCGUCUGAAGAUUCGGAAAUGCAUGGGUCAUUUGCAUCUGCGUUGUCCUGUCUUCAUGACAUUCCUUCCACUGCCUAAGCGGUUGAAAGAAUAUAUACUGUACAAACAAUAUGAUCUUUAUGGACAAGGAAACUUGAUAGGAACUCACUAACCCAAUUGCAUAGAAUCACAGUCCUAUAUUUUUGAGAGAGGAUGCAAGUGGACAAAGACUAUUGUGUGCAAUUCUUUUUCUUUACUGGGAUUUUAGCUUCUAAAAACCAACAAGUCACGUUGGUGAAUUUUUCUGGAUAAAAAUAAAGUAUAGUACAGAAUAAGUAUUAGAAACCCAACAUGUAGACGUUAUAGCAGAAAAAGCAUCCAGAAUUUAACAGAAGCAAUUACAGGUAAUGGCAAUAUAAUUUUAAAGUUAUCUAGCAUCAAUGCUUAGGUCAGCAUUUUCAAACAACAUAUAGAAUGGGAAGUGUCCUUCAAGACAGGUGGGUCAGGUUGUAACCAGGAGUUCAAAUUCUUCUCCCAACUCCUUUGGGCUGCAACUCUUGAUUAUACUUCUACAUCCUGCUUCUGGUUGGAUCAAAGUUCUGUCCUAACAACCUAUACGGUGGUAUUUCAAUUUCUCACUAGAACCAGCAAGAGGCAGAGGCUUUCUUCUCCCCCUGCUCCCAACCAAGAAGAGCGGGGAGGAAGAUGAAGUUGUUUGACAAGGUUUUGACUCUUCAAGGCUUAUUUCAUCCAAUUAGCCAAUCCCCACUUUUAAACACUGAAAUGGGGUUAAUGGCCAUUGCAUUCUUUUUAUAAACAGUCACUCAGUAGUGAAACAUUAGCAGAGUUUUUUUAUUAGACAUUGCUUUCCUGCUAGAUAAGGUAGUUCCACCUCUCAUUCUUGGUAUUUAAAUGUCUUGUUACCAUAGUAAUUAAGUGCUGCUCUACAUAUAAUAUGAUCUAGAGCAAUCUUUUUUUCUUCUGAAAAGUUAUUUAUAAGGAUGUCCUCAGAUGUUCAGAAUAUAUUUUCGCCCAGCUCCCUCAAUUUCCCACCUAUUGCCAUAUUUGGGGGACAAGUUUAAAGAGUAUUGGUUGAAUUUACUUUGUAUCACAUGUGGCAUUUGAGUACCAUCCAAUGCAAUGUUAAUGCAGAACUUGGAAAUGUAAAAUGUGAAUUAUGAUUAGACCCUGUGGGUGAUAAAAUGGAGACCCUUUUCCUGGUGGGACUUGAACAUUUCAAAAGAGCACAUUAUUGGAUACUGUUGUCUGGUCAGUCACUGCUUAUAAGAGGAAAAGGCAAUGCCACUAUACACUGAAUGCUUUGUAUACAAAUUAUGAAUUUGUACUUUAAUACAGUACAGUACAUAGCUAAACAUUACAAACCCUUAAAUUUCUCCAAGCUAGGAAGAGUUUCAGGUGUACAAAAUACUGCAGAAGAAACAGAUAUAUAAAAAUGAGCAGUUCAAUAAACGACAGGCAUUUAUUUUUUUCAUAAUCAAGUUUAUAUUCAGUUAAGUACAGAUUUUUAUUUAUACAUGCAUCUGUAUCACUUCAGUUACAUAAUUCAAAAGUCCAUUUUCCCCUCAAAUCUAUAAACUUUAUAAAAUACAGAUUGAACUAGUAUCUUGUGACUCAUUGCUUCUUACACGGUGCCUACUCAAGUACUGAACAAAACUAAUAAGCAGGUGGGAAAUAUGCAUUAAUAUCUGUAUUAAUGGGUCUGAACUGAUCAGGUUGUGCUGGUUUAACUUCUGUACCCAUCAUUUCUGUUCAUUAACCUAACCACAGUUCUUUAGAAAGUACUAUGCAUGCAUGCGAAAAAACAAACAAGAUGUGAAUUAAAACACCAGCUAAUGUAACAAGGAUGUUUUCUUUGACUGUUCAGACUUCCGUCGCUGCAAAAAUAAAUCAGCAUAAUUCCCCUCUGUUUUGAUUAAACAUAGCUGGGUAACAUUCCUGAAUUACUGACAGAAUCAAAAUACAUUUUGACAACAUAGGGCUUUAGCUAUUUGUGAAAUUGUAUAUUUAAUGAGAAAAAAACAAAGCCAUAUUAGUAAUGUGAUUUUUUUUGGAGGCAAGCAUUAGAGUCUAAAUUUUUUUUAAAUUAAGUCUAAUUCAAAUAAAGAUUACUGUACAAAGCAAACUUUGAACCUUUUAUUAGUGAACUCAAAUUAACUGAAGCCCUAGCUAACAAGUCUAUAUUUGAGUUUAAACCAACUAUCAAAUUGAUACUAGGCAUACUCAUUUGAGAUGAGUGCUUUAAUACAAAUAUUCAGGGAAAUUUUUAUAAGACUCUUAAAAACAUUGAAAAAUUACUUAUACAGCACUAGAACAGGACCAAUCUAGUUUAUGGUAAGAUUUUGACCAAUCCACUACAUUAUAAAAUCACCUGACUAUAUUUUACAAAAUCCCAGGUUUGCAUAUAAACAUUAUGGAACACCAAUGCAGGCACAAUGGCAUAGUGACAAUAUUUUCAUGCCCAAUUAGACAUCACUAUAUGCACAAGAAAAUUACCUUAUUGCCUCUAAAGAAAUUUUGGGGGUUGGAGUAAACGAGAGAUUUUGUGAAAAAGAGCAAGGUAGGAAAGACAAAGUAAGAAGGGUCAAUUAUAACACUGGACAAUGCGUCUUUCCUGAAUUCACUGAAUAUAUGAAAAAGUUCUCUCAAGAAAACUGAGUAAGAUGCAGGCAAUGACUGUCUUUUUGUUUGUAUGUGAAUUAUAAAGGAAUUCACUUGUAGGAGUUGUGAUUAAAGAAAGAUUACACAUUUAUUCUCUCACUUAUAACAAAUGCUUAAGGGUUUUUUUUCCCAGGGGGAGCAUUGGAAUACAGUGCGUACUGUGAGAUGCGGAGUCAUUAAAACAAACAAAACUCCUAAAGUCUAUCUUAAAAUUAGGCAAAAGUGAAAAAUAGACUACCAGCAGUUCAGGAGAGACUUUGUUUAAUGUUUGAGAUGAGAUUAUUAAUCAUGAAUUAAACAACCCUACCUCCUUCUUAAACUCUGUGCAAAUGUCAAUUCUAAUUUAUAAAAACUAAGCAUACACAUAGGGCCAAGUCCUACUUAUUUAUAUGCAAGCAUAUCUAGAGUAAAUUCACUGAAUACUCUAUCUCUAGAAUUACUCUGAAUUUACACAUGUAAUUGAGCACAAUCUACUAGAUUUCAGAAAAGGAAAAGAGCAGCUAAUGGCUAUUGUUAAAACACGAGUCAAUGCCAGCCUCAUGAUUAGGGACAAUGUUUCAUGUGAUUUUCUCUUCCAGACCUCAGAAACAAUGUAAUAGACUACUUUAUCUUAGCUGACUGCAUUCAGUU